GAUCGUGCGGCUCCUCUCCUUCAAUUCCUUCAGGAGAUGCUCCUCCACUUGAUGCGGGGGCUGCGCUUCCGACUUCGCAUCGUGGCCGUCCAACUCGUCCGGAACUAUGCCGACGACGAUGGAAGCCGCACGCUGUGCGCGGCCUCGGUGGCCAGGAACGUCGCUACCCUGCUGCAACGCUGCGUGGCUCCUUGCGCCUCCGACUCUUUGGGGUUGGUCGCACAGGUGGCGGAGCUCGUGCUGCGAUGUGCUGCGGCGAUACGGCGAGUGGAGGGUAAUGUGGUCCAUGGAUGCUGGGUGACCAAGAAUGAUCUGGCAGAGCACCUUGAGGAUUGCGAGUCUGAGCAGUCUACAGUGCCGCUUCCUGAGGCUGCGGUGCUUGGUGCUUUUUCUCGAGCAGUGACUUCCUUGCUGGAGGUCGGCUUCGUUUCGGCGCCAACGCAAGGCCUCCCAAAAGUUGCACUGGAGCUUUGCAGAAGCCAUCCAGUUCUUUGCUUGCGACUUCGGGAGGAUGCACAGCACACAUCCACCAGCGAAGUCCUUUUCAUCACCAGUGCUGGAAAACCAAACCCGCUGCAGGCGCCCGAGGCAGUUUCUUUGCCGUUCGAUGCCGAGUUCUUUGGCUUGCUGACGUCGGAGGCUGCUCUGCGCGCUGUCACAGGCCACCUGGAGAGACGGACAAGUGGCACCGAAAGCGUUUUCCGGUUCGAGUCCCCUGCAAUAGUGCGGCAGCUCCACAGCAUUCAAAGAAGACUGCGACAGGAGUUAGAGGACUUGCUGGAGAGAGCCCUCUCCAGGUCUCUCCCGACCGAAGGUCUAUUGGGGCGUCUCCUACGCUGUGCGAGUGACCUUUGCCAGGCCGAGCUUUUGGAGCCAGGCCCAGGCGUUUUGGCUGGCCAGGAGCCCGCAACACAGCCUAAACCCAAGAGGCUGCGACUGCAAGUCGUCCUGGAGGACAGAGAGGCAGCAGACCGCCUCAAGGCCCUCGCCCAUGAAGAGGGGGUUGAUAUCCUCAUCGAUGCUAGCGCACGGUUGGACGAGCGCUCUGUGUCGGUGCAGCUGCGUUGA